CUAUGUGCGCUCAAAUGUAAACAUGCAUUAAUUAACGUGUAAUUUUCGUUGUUUUGGAUUAAUUGCCACAUCUGACAUAAAUAUUAAUUUGACCAUUGAAAGGGAUUGAAACAUUGGACUUUUGGGCAAGAAAUCAAGCGCUCUUUUUCUGUGCCAUUCAGUUUUAGAGACUCAACAGCAUAUGACUUGUCAAGAUAUAGGACAGAGUGAUGUCAGACCAAGUGAUGUCAGACGGAGUGAUGUCAGACGGAGUGAUGUCAGAGCAUGUGACCUUGACUGCUGAUAAAGAAGAGUCUUUGUUGAGGGGUUACAUACCAUGGGAUCACCAUCUUCUGGACACCUUGAAGUCAGACAAAAAGAUUGACCAGAUCAACUUCGCAGGAAAUGGAUACUUUAAUGAUGGCCUCCUUCACAUGAUACUGGACCAUGGUGCCAACAAAGGCUCAUUCAAGGAAUUGACCAGCAUCAACCUGCUAGGAUGCGAGCAUGUGACAGAUCACGGGAUGCGUUGCCUAGCAACAGUUCUACAGGAAGCUGUUAAUCUGAGAGAGGUGAAUCUGGAUGGCUGCAAGAGAUUGUCAGACGACACUUUUGCCAUGCUGGAAAACAUCACCCAUAGCAACAAGACUCUUAGUUGCUACAUGCGCGGGACUGACCUUGUGUAUCUCACUGGGAUCAAGAAGAUUAAAACUCAUGGAUGUCCCAAAAUUACUGCAGACAAAAAAUCACACGACAAUAUUGAAGGCCACAUACUCCUUGUACCUGAGCCAGGUAUGAAGAACUCUUUUGCGGAAUUCUUGUACUCUGGGACUAUGACAGAGAGGAACGCAUCAGGGACCCUUCACAGAUCAGAUCUCACAGUGAACGACUCCAAAUUGACGCUGACAGAGUUAUCUCCCUCCAAUGUGGUGUUUGAACAUCUGACCUGUCUGCCCUUGAGUCAAGUGGUGAUACCUGUGGACGCAGCAUCAGAACCAGCCGACAUCACCAGGCAUGUGAUGGACACGAUUUCACAAGUGGUUGCCAAGGAGCCAAUAUGGGUGCCCUAUCCAGAAACAUCGAGUUCACUCGACCAGAGUUCCAAAAGGCCAUUUCUGUGCACCCACAUCCUCACGGGAUUGAAUCUUAAACAAGCAGGCCCAGAAUUAACUCUUCAUAACAUUCCCAAACAUGAUGUCACCAAGAUAGGCGUGUGGGUAUCUAGUGAGAGGCUGACCCGUUCACACCCAUCCUUUAAGCUGUGGGCGCCCAAAAUGGAAGACGAGUCGGGCCUUUUGAUUGGCUGCUUAUAUGAUCUUCUGUAUUGUGACAAUAAUCCGAUUAACUCCAAGUCGGAAUAUGGUGGAUUUCUUGAUGGCAUAGAAAUGAAGGAAGAUAUGACAGUAGAGUUUGGCGUGGAGGGUAAUUGGCUUUCAGAAUAUGUUCCAGCCAGUGAUGCAGAAUUUUACUACAUGAAAAAUGGAGUAAAGAGUUCGGGAAAAUUAGCUGAAGAUAUGCCAUACCUCAAACCUUGUGGAUCGAUGUACCCUCUUGUGUCAGUAGUAAGCAAGACAGAAAACAUGGCAAUUAUGCCUCCAUUUAUACAGCCUCCUAAGGAGUUGAGUGAACGAUGGCAAAAGGAAGAUCGCUGGAUUGAAAAAUCAUUCACAGAAAAUUGUCUGAUAGACAGAAAUGGGAUCCUUACGUAUACUCCUUCGUACAAAUCAUUCCCGGGGGGCCAAUUCAGAGGCAGAAGUCUCGCUUUUGAAGAACACAGAGAGUUCCAGGUUGAGAUCAUAAAUUUACCAACAGACGAUUCACCAGUCGAACUGGCCAUUGGAUUAACUGCUGAGAGGGAUGAGAAUCAACAUUACAUUGUUAGUAUAUCAGCAACGUUGGAUCCUGUCUCAAAAGGCGUGUCUGUCAGUUCUACGUGCAUUCAGAGCAUACAUGACGGCAGUACGAAAAAUGUCACUUUAAUGGACGUAGGGUUUAAAGUUGGCGAUGUUUUCAAAGUCAAAUGGAUGCCUCUUUCUAGUGAUGGGAAAAAUGAAGUCUCGUUUUAUGCUGGAGCACAAAAGCUGGUAACGGUGGAUGUGGAGUUUCCUACAGACCAGAACAUCAUGCCAUUGGUUUCAUUCAAAUGUCAAGAUAACACAUCUGUGGUGAAGCUACUGAACUACAGGCCAAAUUAUCGUGCUCCGGCUCCAUUAAGGAACAAGAUAACGCUGGGACGGGCUCAUUAUUGCAAUGUGAUGGACGACGGACAAAUCAUUUAUAAGACCAACGUGGACAAGGAAAGUGGGUCAACAACGUACUUUGGGCACUUCAUAAGCAAGACACCAUUCAAUAGGGAGUUGCUGGAAUUUUCCGUCAAGGUGAUGGAGAUGGAUGAUGGAAGGUUGUUUGGAAUAGGCAUCAGUGAACCUGACGUGACGACCAAAGAAGUUUUCAUAGGUUGGUUACCAGGCACUGUCGGUUACCAUGCGGACAACGGGCAGUAAGUGGAAAUCAGGCUCUUAAACUUUGCUUAACCCUUUACCACUCAGUAACACACUUGCCCUUUUCCACUCAGAUACACGCUUGCCUUUACCACUCAGAUACACACUUGCCUUUUACCACUCAGACACACACUUGCCUUUUACCACUCAGAUACACACUUGCCUUUUACUACUCAGAUACACACUUGCCCUUUACCACUCAGACACACACUUGCCUUUUACCACUCAGAUACACACUUGCCUUUUACCACUCAGAUACACACUUGCCUAUUACCACUCAGAUGCACACUUGCCUUUUACCACUCAGAUGCACACUUGCC